CAUGUUGCGAUUGGCUACUACAGCACUUUGACCAUGUGCGUCAUUUACGUAAGAGAGACACAACACUGCAAUCCUUGGCGGAAUUCUGAUUGUGUAAAACCUGUAAAGUCUGCGUUGAGGUGUCUUAGAAAAUGUAAUUUCAUCCCAGAGAAACAGAGAGAUGAAUGUUUUUGCUGAUGUAAGUCUUGGUAGGUCCGCUAGCUCAAUGGCCGUGUGUCCCGUGCUGUCGCUGCAACCUACCCGGGGGCUGGUGGAUGAAAAGUUUCAGAUAGUUGUGAGAAAUUUACACCCAAAACAAGAGGUAACGCUCCAUUCCUUACAUCACUCCGAGGAUAACGAUUACUGGGAGGCGUUUGGCCAUUAUACCAGCGACGAGAAUGGAACAGUUACAGUUAUGGAGGAUGCCAGUAGAGGUGGGACCUAUGUUGGAGUUGAACCCAUGGGCCUUCUUUGGAGUUUGCAACCUAUUCCUGGUAGCAGACACGGACUCAGGUUGCGAAAGAAAAACGUUCUGUCACCAAUGGUGCUGAUAGUAUCAGUGUUCAAAGGUCACAUGACCCAGGGGUUCUCUGAAAAGGACGCCUUGGCCACGGUUGUCACGGAGAGAUGGUACCUGACGCCAGGUGUGCAGCGUGUGGACGUCAGGGAACAAGGGGUCAAAGGCACUCUCUUCAUACCACCAGGCCCAGGGCCCUUCCCUGCAGUGCUGGACAUGUGGGGAGGGGGAGGAGGUCUGGUGGAGUACCGGGCGGCCCUCCUGGCGUCACAUGGCUUCGUUGCCUUGGCGCUGGAAUACCUCAGUGCGGACGAGCAGCAGCCGUCUGAAGUUCAGACCGGAUACUUUGAGUUGGCGUAUCACCUUCUGCAGACCCAUCCUCAGGUGUGUGCAGACAGAGUAGCUGUGCUCGGUCUGUCCUUUGGGACUGCUGUUACCUUCACUCUAGCAGCGUACUCUAAAACCGCACGGCCCCGGUGUUGUGUGUGUAUUAGUGGUACGCAUCUUUACCCACUCAACAAGCCUUAUGUCGAGAUACUGCAGCAGAUGAACCGGAACCUUGCAAAGGCACGUGUUGAUGAGAAUAAUCAUGUCAUCGGGAAAGAUACCAUUAUACCCAUUCCAACUGAGCCAGACCGUAAAGUGGAUGUUGGCCGGAUAAAGUGUCCUCUUCUGAUUGUGAUUGGUCAGGAUGACCAGAACUGGGCUGUCGUGGAGUCCACUGAAGACAUAGAGCAGAUGAUGGAGCGGGCGGGGAACCGCCACCUCCUGACGGUGUUGUCAUAUCCAGAAGCAGGUCACCUGAUUGAGCCGCCAUACACACCUCACGUGCGCUUCAGCAAUUUCGUCACUCAACACACUAGGGAAAAGGUGUUGAUGCUGUGGGGGGGUCAGAAGGUGCCUCAUGCACACGCCCAGGAGGACUCAUGGGAGAAGAUCCUCCUCUUCCUCCAGAAACACCUUUACCAGGACUCACCACCAGCAGCCAAACUCUGAUACCACACACACACACACAUACACACACACAUACUCUCUCACACACACACACACACACACUCUACCAAGACUUACCACCACCAGCCAAACUCUGAUACCACACACACACACACUCAGGGGCCACCGUUAUAACCGGUAUAACAUCCAAAACAGGUUACCUAGUCCUAUUGACGCUCAAAAGCGGUCAUGGUUAGACUUCCAAAUAGCAAACCUAGUUUGCACGUCGUGCAGUCAUCCAGGACUGGUCUUGGACCGACAGACGGACAAUAAAGACAUGAUCUGCACGUCCAAAUGUCUAAUGUUUAGUGGGAAGACCUGUUUAGUGCUCAUCACUGCAUCUUGCACAUCACUCAGAUUAGGGUCCUGAAUGUCUCUCUCCUGCUGUAGAAGAGUGGCCAUUGCUGCUAGCCAGGGUGAACCCAGAUGAACUGUAAGCAAAUUCAAAUGUACUGUACACGUCUGAUAGAGUUCAGGCGUGGUGCCUGAAAUCAGGCUUGAGCUCGGCCAUGUACGAUGUCAAGAAAGGCUAUUCUCUAUAUUGUUUUUGAAUGUAUUUGAUCAUUUCAGGCACAGAUAAUUUCCUGUCUAUCAGCCCUGCAUUUACUGUCAGGCUCGUCUCGGUUCACCCAGGUUACAUUGCUGCAUAACAGUGGUUGUGAUAGUCAGGAAGAUUCACACUGCCAUAGAUGUAAUAUUUUGUAAUAGGAACUCUUAUCCUGAUGCCUUUGUUCAUCUGAAUGUUAAUUCCUCAUUGUUUGUAAGUCGCUUUGGAUAGAAGUGUCUCCUUAAAGGGAUAUUCCACCAUUUGGGCAAUUAAGCUUAAUUCCCCAAAUGGUGGAAUAUCCCUUUAAUGAAUUUACAUAAACAUAAAUGUUGUACAUUUGUGCCAGAGCUGUUUAUCUUGCACUCAUUUCUUAAAUCCUGGCCCUGUCCAUUACCAACCACAAGGGGGCGACAUAUCAUACAAAUUAGUCAUUGGGUACUAUGUAUCUCAAGAUGUUCUGCUGACAUCAUGAUAUACCUCAGUCCAUUCCUCUUGCUGAAAGGUGAUGUUUGGGUUCUUUAUCAUAUAGGCAUAAGAUGUGUGCAAUAAACAUACAGUCACUCUA